GACCGGUUAUCAUUGGGGAAAUGGAUCUCUCUUCAAUGAUUUCUUCUAAGGAUGGAACCAAGUAUUUGGAUGACCUUCCUCGUUCUGUAGUGUCCUAUGAUCACUGCGUAAGCAAUAUGGAGAUAGGUCUCAUUCCAGCAUUAUUGACACAGGGUCCGACUGAAAUUUUAGUAGCUUCUCCUUCUAUUUCAUCUGGGCAAAUUAGUUCUGUUAUCCCAUUAAGCGCUUUGCAAUGCAGUACAAUGUCCAAUCUGUCUUCUAAGGAUAAAGAUCAGAUUUUGGAGGACUCUACUCCUUUCUCCAUAAAGCCUACAGAUUCUACCAUAGUUAAUGUUGUGGGUGUUGAGCUUAAUAAAAACUCUAAGGGCAAAGGUAAGAUAAAGGAGGAAUCUCUGUCAACUGGUUUUUCUUCAAAAGCUUGUCCAGUGACAACUGCCAUAAGUGGAGGAAAACGAUCCAAAGCUAAUGAGGAUAAUCCCUAUGCCAAGAAAUACAAAAAAUGAGCUCUUAAGCACUGCUGGUUGUUUACAUUAUUUGGUAUUCCCUUAUGUAGCUAUGUUUAUUCCUGUCCUUACCUUAUUGUCUUAUAGUUCUUGAUGAAUGUUCUUUUCCUACUUUGAUUUUUAUAAUUAGUAUUGUAUGUAAUUUGGCACAUUCUUAUGUAAUUAGUAAUGGUUAGUUGUAUCAUUAUCAAGGCUUUCGGUCUUUUAACGUUAAGUUUGAUUGUUCAUAAAUG